AUGGCGCAUGCUCCAGAAACGCCAGAGGCGCGACUUGAACCGUCCGAGGCGCAAUUGGAAGCGCCUGCAACGUCCGAUAUCGAAGCUCUCGAGCUCUUUCGUCGCUCACCGCACCCUUACCACCGGCGCCAGCACGAGCUGCGCAACGCUCAGCCAUCUUCUGAGUCGUCAAGCAACGACCUGUCACGAACAACCGGGCCGACAUCACAAGGCACAGUAUCAGAUGAGGAUGAUAGGAGAAGGCAGAGAAUAUCUCAGUCGCCAAGCGAGAGCGGAACAGAGGCUGACGACGAGGGCUACGGUUUUGUCAAGGCACUGCCAGCACCACCGUUGAGGCCGCGUAAAGGACUGCGUGACGGGCGAGGCUCAGGGCUAGCAGGCGAUGCAACACCCUUGUUGACCCCAUCGCUGGUGGAUGAGGAAGGGCGCAAGCUCUCAGAGCAGUACUUUCGGCCAAGGAAAGAGGGGUCACGGACAGGAGAGCCUUCGCCAACCGAUGACGAAGCAAAAGCAGCGCGGCAAAAGUACUUGAAGAGACGGCGCAAUGAGGUCGUGAGGAGGACCACUGAGACGGCAUUGCUUGGGGUGAUUGGCAUCUUGGCCGUCGGCGGGUGCAAUUGCUGGGAGAAGCUGUUGCAAUGGCACAGAGUAGAUCUAUUUACUCACGUCUUCGUAACGGCCGGCGUCCUAGCUCUAUAUCCAGUUCGACUUUUGUACCACUCGUGGCGGAAACAGCCUCCUUCGAACCUUCGUUUCCGACAGCGCAUACGCAUACCAGCCGCUUUCGAUCCAGCUCCAAUAUUAUACCCCGCUGUAUUACCAGUCUUGAUUUCUAUCUCUCUAUUUUCGACUUUGCCAAGGGCGUUAUUGCCCAACAUUCUUCUCGGGCUAGCAGCAUUACCGCACCAGUUGAUACCUUACGGAACCUCGUCAGUGGGCUAUUCGAGUCUUCAUUGGUUCGUCUCGAUACUUCCUCUGAUUGCCUCCGAGAACACGGAGUUCCCUUCUAAGUUUCUGGCAUCGACACCAUAUAAGCUUGAUCUGCCACCACCAGAACAUGGAUUGCAUCCUGAGUUGCUAGUCUGCCUUUUCCCACUGCAUCAGGCACUUUUACCACCAUUGCAUUACCUUACAACCACAAGUCUUCUCCCUGCAGAACUACACCUUCUCUCUAUCGGAUUGAUUGACUUUCUUCUGUUUGCGGACUCUCCUCAGGGUGGUAUACUGAGAACUAUGCUUUGGAUUGGAGGUGUCAGCCUCUUUGUGCUUUGCGGAAAAGUUCUCAAAUGGGGAGUAGCCCUGGCGCGAAUCCCACGGUGGAGAUUUCGACGCGCGGGUCGGGUCAUCCAGGCACAACAAUCGUUUCUGCAAGUGCUCAACAAAAGCCUUCGUUCACACAGCGCCACUCGAGCAACGUCUGACAGUGAUGCUGAUGAGGAAGACCCCUUGUUUCAGGAUACUCUGACAAAGACUAAGAGCUUGAAGUUAGACAUUUUAAAUGCUAUGAGAAACAACACCGCAAACCCGAACGGACUUGAACCCCGAUCCGCUGUAGAACCGAACCAAACAGGUUACCAAGAACAGGUUGGGCAGCUGAGGUCGCCCCCACCUGCAUCAGCUUCCCGAAGACGCAACACAGUUGCCAGUCUUCCCAUGCAGAAUACUAUACUACCAAACGGACAUCGGCAAAGUCGACGUACGAAAUCUAUAGCCCAGCAUUUCCUCACUCUCACCCCCACACAAGCUCUCUACCGAAAGUGGCUCUAUGCCGCAUACUUUUACUUCGUUGUAGCAGCCCUCAUCCUCGGCCCAGUCCGCUACACCAUCGGAAAGUAUGCCCUACACAACCACGAACCGUUCGGCUGGGCACUCGGCUACCUCUUCGGCAACAUCCGACGCCUCCGCUUCGAAGUCUUCAACUGGGACCUAGGCUGGUGGAUCGCGCUACCUCCCCUCUUCGACGCCGACGACCCGCAAUGGACUCAACAUGUCCCCCUCGCUGAAACCCUCCGUCAAACCAUCCUCGGACCCGCAAACGUCCGCCUCCUCCUCUGCGCCUACUGCGUCAGCGUUAUCCUAGGAGGAUUGGUCGUCGUCUUCCGCCUUACCUCUGUCGUCGAAGUCGACACCCGCCGCAAAGUCUUCCACGGCAUGAUGGUGCUCAUGCUCCUGCCCACCAUCUUCAUCGACCCGUGCUUCGUGGCCCUCGCGCUCGCGCUUGUCCUCGCUAUCUUCCUCCUCCUCGACCUUAUCCGCGCGAGCCAGCUCCCGCCUCUCAGCGGCCCGAUUGCCACGUUCCUCACGCCAUAUGUGGAUGGGCGCGAUUUACGUGGCCCUGUGGUGGUUAGUCACAUAUUCCUGCUGAUUGGGUGUGCGAUUCCGCUGUGGUUGAGUCUUGCGGGGGUGGAGAGGAGGGGAGAGGAGCCGUGGCAAGGGUGGGAAGUGGAGAGGAGGGAUCUUAGUAUGGUUUCUGGUGUGGUGUGCGUGGGAAUGGGGGAUGCCGCUGCCUCUUUGAUCGGAAGACGCUACGGAAGACGAAAAUGGCCCUGGGCGGGUGGGAAGUCGCUCGAGGGCAGUUUGGCCUUUGCGGUUGCGGUUACGGUCGGCCUAGUUCUUGGGAAAGUGUGGCUUAUUGUUGGAUGGGGCCCUCAAUCGGAGAGGACAUUUGUAGAGUGGGGCUUGGAAGGUGUUAAAAUGGUGAUAAAAGCAGCUGUUUGUGCUGCGGGAGCGAGUCUGGAGGAGGCGGUGUUGACAGGAGGGAACGACAAUGUUGUCGUGCCCGUGGUGUUGUGGGUGCUUGUCAGAGGGGUCGGGUUAUAG